AACCAAAAAAAAAGGAAAAUGUUAACCAACCAAACCAUAAUCUUCAACUCACUCAAACAAUCCAUCAAGCCAUCAUCACAUCUCCUAACCAUCAGAAGGACUGCCUCAACUAACCCUGAACAGCCGAGCUCAGAACCUAUACCAUCAACCUCAACGACUACUCACACCCAAGAUAACCUACUCAAGAGUGCUACCAGCCAUUCAGACGCUCACAGAACCAAAACAAUCAAUCAUCUAUCCAAUUCAGCCUACUUGAAACCGAUCAAACAGCAAUUCAGAUCAAUCAAAACCAGCCUAUCCCAUCAAUUCGCCGACUUCCCGAGCAAAUUAUCCCAACUGACCGGUUAUGGCGACAUUGAUAAACUCAAGUCAUUGGUCUCUCAAACCGAAGCUAACCUCAGAGCUAGUAGGGAGGAUGCUGUACAAGCCAAGAUCAAAUACAAUCUAGCUGCUCAGAGGAGGGCCGAAAGCAUCAAGGAAGUUAACGAUCUACUCGCAAGAAAAGCCAGCUGGUCAGAUCAGGACCUUGCAAGAUUUACGACCUUAGUCAGAACAGAUCAUUCAAACGAACAGGCCGAAUCGGAGGCCAAGAAAGGAUUAGAAGAAUCUGAAGCAAAGGUGGAUCAUCAAUUUACGAACAUGAUGCAGGCAAUCCUUACUCGAUAUCAUGAGGAACAGGUUUGGUCUGAUAAGAUCCGAGCUUUGUCAACCACUUUUUCACUGUCAAUCACUCUCAUUAACGUUCUAGUUUUCCUGGCAGCAAUCGUAUUGGUCGAACCCUACAAAAGAUCGAAAGUAGUCUCUGAAGUCGAAGACAGAAUCGUCAAGCGCGACAUGAACAACACAGACAUUCUUGAUCGGGCUCUGAAUACGGUUGUCGAUCGACUAUCUUCGACAGAGAAACAGCUUUCAGAUUUAAUUCUUUCGCUACAAGCCCCCCUUGAGCUACCUACAUCGCCAUCCGCUUUGCCAUCCUCAACAUUAGAAGACGAGAAUCAAGUGACAAUCGUACCUGCCACCACUACCCUCCCACAAGUGACUCAAGUGGAAAAUAUGAUACCCAGCCCGAUCUCGGGGUCCAGGACCGAUCCGAGAGAUGAACUCAUGGAUUCGGAGAAUAAGAGCUCACAACAGACGACGCAGGAGGGGUCAGGAAUAGAAGACCCAGCACCGGAAGAGUCCCAAUUGUCUCCUCAGCCGCAACGGUCUCCCUCAUGGUAUGAAAAGCUCAAUCAAGCUAAGGACGAAUGGUUAGAGAACCACGACUACACUAGCUCAGAUCAAGAAUCUCUCAAAGCUAUCGGAAUCGGCACUGUUGUUGGGAUCAUCCUGCUCAGCAGCUACCACUUCUUUUCACAAUAACCUCCAUCAUUCUUCUCUCGCCAACUCCAUCAAUACCCACGUCGUUAACAGUUGCAAUUGAUCCGAUUUCUUCGUUAUUAAUCUCAAUUGGACCUUUCCAGUAAAUCUAUAGACUUAUACCAGGAGUUAAAUUCACCAAACACAUAUCACACCUUGAAUUGUUAAAGGGUCAAUGCAAUGAACGUCUCGCAUGAUUCCAGCUGAGAGAAUGACAGGAUAAAAAUCUCCGCUCUCCCUAAGCAAAUUUUUGAAUACAAAGCUG